GUGGUCAGAGGCAUCAUGCUGGAGCGGACUUCGCAGCCAACAAUGAGCACAAGAUCUACGACGAUGUCGGAGCCGGUGGUGGAGAACUCGGUCAGUUACGACGACGUUUGCUUGCUGAGACAUCAAGUCCAGGCAUGGACUAUUUUACGGAUUUUACCAGCGGCGUACACGAAGUGGAGAUGAAUUGUACCCCUUCAACCAUUGAGGAAUUCCCUGGAGAUCUGUUCACAGAAGAGCAACGAGCAAAAGGAGCGUUUAUCACACAUGCCAUAUGUGCCGUAUACAUGUUUAUUGCCCUGGCCAUUGUCUGUGAUGACUAUUUUGUGUCUUCGCUGGAGAAAAUAUGUGAGAACCUCAGCUUAACGGAGGACGUUGCCGGGGCAACCUUCAUGGCGGCCGGAAGUUCUGCGCCAGAGCUCUUCACUUCAGUAAUAGGUGUGUUCAUUGCCAAAGGAGACGUAGGAGUGGGCACGAUCGUGGGAUCAGCUGUUUUCAACAUUCUUGUCAUCAUUGGAUUAUGCGGACUGUUUGCCGGUCAGGUAGUCCAUUUGUCAUGGUGGCCUCUAUUCAGAGAUACAUUGGUCUACGCAAUUUCAGUAGUAACUCUCGUCUUGGUCAUUCGGGAUGGAUAUAUCAAUUGGUAUGAAGCAUUGGUCAUGCUACUGAUGUAUUUGUGCUACGUGAUCAUUAUGUGGUGCAAUCCCCGCCUGUUUAAACAAGCACAGAGGUUAAACGAGAGGAGAAGAAAGAAGAGGGAAACGUGCAAUAACGGCAAAUCUGCAAUCCAACUCGAGCAAGUAACACCACUCAAUGCAACAGAAGAUAUCACAACGAAUGGUGAAAAGAAAGAAGUAGAAGAGGUCGAUGGAGAGUUCAGCAAUUCACCUAAAAGAUUAACAUUUUCUGAUGCUGGUUUGAGGUUGAUGUUAACCAAGCAAUUUCCUGCUCGCACGCGACUGAGGACUGCAUGUUGGCUCAUCAUCACUGAGCAAAAACAAUUGGAGGCUGAAAGCGGCGGGAAGUUUCCAACGACAUACACCCACCGGCCAAGCCUACCGGAGACAGAGAAGAACGGCAAUGUACCUCGGAGUGACUCCAUAUGCAAAGAUGAGAGUGUUGAUUUGUCGAUUGAUAAAGAGGGGACAGAGGAUGUAAUCAGUGAGCGAAGCUUCCCAGAAAUAGAUUCUCCUUUUAGUUUACCAAGUGGUAUAAUAAACAUACUCAAAUGGAUCGUCACCCUACCUAUCUGUAUUCUACUGUUCUUCACAAUCCCGGACUGUAGAAGAAAACGUUUCGAUCGGUGGUACAUGGUUACAUUCUUUAUAUCAGUAGCAUGGAUUGCUAUCUUCUCUUACGUCAUGGUGUGGAUGGUGGCUUAUAUCGGCCACACCCUUCACAUUCCCGACACCAUCAUGGGCAUUACUUUCCUGGCCGCUGGCACCAGUGUUCCUGAUGCUAUCGCUAGUUUACUGGUUGCGAGAGAAGGUUUGGGUGACAUGGCAGUAUCAAACAGCAUUGGCAGCAACGUCUUUGACAUUCUUAUUGGACUGGCACUUCCCUGGUUUAUUAAGACAGCAUUCGUCAGUUACGGUACCAGAAUCAAGAUCAACAGUAAGGGUCUUCUUUAUUCGGUUCUUCUCUUAUUUGCUUCCGUAACUGCAACGAUACUGGCGAUUCAUUUCAACAAGUGGAGGUUAGACAAACGGCUCGGAGUGCUACUGACUUGUUUUUAUGUUGUCUUCCUCUCCUUCUCAAUCAUGGUUGAAAUGAACGUAUUCGGUUAUGUUAACCCACCAAUGUGCAAGACUUAGGAACAUCUGACACCAGCUCCCGUUUAUCGAUGCAGAAGACAUAUGUUAACCCUCUAUUGAAACUUCUGGAAAGGAGCCCUCUAUUUGAUAACCUACAUUUCAAGUCUGACCAGGGACCAAGCUAUCGGUCAGAAGAUAACAAAGGUGAUCCCUUUGUUUCUGUGAGAAUUACAGGAGACAAAUGAAGACAACUACCAGAAAGUACUGGUCACAUGUACGAGAAUAGUGGUUUAAUCUAAUAAGAAUGGCGUUUGUAUGAUCCCUAGACCUUUACUCGCGAAGUAAGGAGCGGAGUUAAGCAGGGUAGCCUCGUCUAAUUCAGAAAAUGAUGGGAUAAAUCAAGAUGAUCAGUAUCACAACCAGCAUUAUUCGCCACCAUCGUCUUAUAAAUCCCAUGCUAUCGUGUGCUACGUCUAAUUUGAACCGAAAUGACAUCCGCCAGAGAGGUCAAAUGUCAGUCUUAGAGUCGAAACUAUCUUGUUAUGGACUUUGAAAAGUGAGGUUGUACAUUUCUAGUGUGUUUAAUAUUAACAUGAAUGCCGUUUAUCGCCAGGGGAAAGUGAAAAAGAACUGUUGGCAGAAACUCCAGGGAGUGGUUUAAACUAUUUUGAAGUUGAAUACUGAUUUAAAAUGUUUGGCUUGCUUGAGAAUUAAUGAAGUACGCAGCCCAUUGUAUUUUAUUUGAAGUUGUUGGAUCAGAAUAACAGUUGGAAUGUGGUCAUUACUUGCUUUAUUGAAGGAAAAAUAUAGAUGACGGCGAAAACGUAACCUGCCGUGAUGAUUAUUGAAUUUGAUAGUUUGGCGGUUCAUGACGAUUGUUUGAUU